AUGUCGCGGCGGAAGCCGGUCUCUGGAUCGGGUACCCGCAUCCCUGCCCCAGCCGCGGCCAGGCAGGCAGUGUUGAGUCGAUUCUUUAAGCCAGCGGGACACCUGAAGUCCUGCUCCCUAACGGGAACAUCUGGGAGACCCAGCAGUGACUCUGCAGCGCUCCUGGAGCAGCAACAGCCACCGACCUCUGAACUUAAUGGAUGUAAGAAAAGGACCCUGGAAUAUGAUGAACCUGUUAAGAAGAGAGCAAAACAAGCUAAUGGAAAUGAAGAAGAAGAAAGUGAUACUGAAAAGAUUGGGAACUGUGAGCCACGGAAAUGUCUGAGGCCUAGGAUGGUUUUAAAGUCUUUGGAAAAAUUAAAAGAAUUCUGCUGUGAUUCUGAGCCUCCUUAUAUUAGAGCUCCAACUGAACCACAAAGGAGACUGGCGAUUUUGCCAAAAUGUACUGAUUUUGAAGACAUCAGCAUACAUGCAAAGCAUACUGUUCCCUCUGAAGAUUCCAGUUCUCGAAUGAGUCAGAAGGGAGGAUCACUCCUUGGAUUUGCCCAUUUUACAUCAUCAUAUAAAAGUCAUGAAAGUGUACAGAGUACCUCUGAAGCGAAACCUCCUAACAGAAGAACCAAAAGCAUUUAUACUCCAUUAGAACUACAGUACCUAGAAAUGAAAGAGCAACAUAAAGAUGCCAUCUUGUGUAUUGAAUGCGGAUACAAAUAUAGGUUCUUUGGAGAAGAUGCAGAGAUCGCAGCUCGAGAACUCAACAUAUAUUGCCAUUUAGAUCAUAACUUUAUGACAGCAAGUAUUCCCACUCACAGACUUUUUGUUCAUGUACGCCGCCUUGUGGCAAAAGGACAUAAGGUAGGAGUAGUCAAGCAAACUGAAACUGCAGCUUUGAAGGCUCUUGGAGAGAAUAAAAGUUCUCUGUUUACCAGAAAAUUGACUGCUCUUUAUACUAAAUCUACACUUAUUGGAGAAGAUGUGAAUCCUUUGAUCAAAUUAGAUGACCCUGUAAAUGUUGAAGAAAUAGCAAGUGAUACAUCUAACAAUUACCUCCUGUGUAUUUGUGAAAAUAAAGAAAAUCUUAAAGAUAAACAAAAGAGGAAUGUUACAAUCGGCAUUGUGGGAGUACAGCCUGCUACUGGUGAAGUUGUUUUUGAUAGUUUCCAGGACUCAAUAUCCCGUUCAGAAUUAGAGACCCGCAUUUUAAAAUUGCAGCCUGUGGAACUUCUGCUCCCAUCAGAGAUGUCUGAUCACACAGAGAAGUUCAUCAAGAGUGUAACUUCUGUCAGUGUACGGGAUGACAGAAUUCGAAUAGAAAGGAUGGAUAAUCUUUAUUUUGAAUACUCUCAUGCUUUCCAGCUAAUCACUGAGUUUUAUGCAGAAGUACUUGAUGUCAAAGCUUCCCAGAGUUUUUCUGGGAUAUUAAACUUGGAUAAGCUCGUGAUUAGCUCUUUGGCAGCAAUUAUUAGAUACCUUAAGGAAUUUAAUUUGGAGAAAAUGCUCUACAAUCCUAGAAAUUUUAAAAAGUUUUCAAGUGAAAUGGAAUUUAUGACAAUUAAUGGAACAGCACUGAAGAAUCUGGAAAUCUUACAGAAUCAGGUGGAUUCAAAAUUCAGAGGCAGUUUGCUGUGGGUCUUGGAUCACACCAAAACUCCUUUUGGGCGACGGAAACUGAAGAAGUGGGUGACCCAGCCACUCCUGAAAUCAAAGGAAAUAAAUGCUCGACUUGAUGCAGUGUCUGAGGUUCUCCUUUCUGAGUCCAGUGUGUUGGCUCACAUACAAAAUCAUCUGUGCAAAUUGCCUGAUUUAGAGAGAGGACUCUGUAGUAUUUAUCACAAAAAGUGUUCCACCCAAGAGUUCUUCAUAAUUGUUAAAGCCCUAUGUCACCUGAAGAUAGAAAUUCAAGCAUUAAUUCCUGCUAUCAAUUCUCAAGUUAAAUCAGACUUGCUCAAGAAAUUCCUUCUGGAAAUUCCUGAACUUCUCGACCCAGUGGAGCAUUAUUUCAAUAUACUCAGUGAACAAGCUGCCAAAAUUGGAGAUAAAACCGAGUUAUUCAAGGACCUCUCAGAUUUCCCUUCAAUAAGUACGAGAAAAGAGGAAAUACAAAUGGUUACUGCAAAAGUCAACUUACAUUUGCAAGAAAUACGAAGAUUACUAAAAAAUCCUUCAGUACAUUACAAAACAGUGUUGGGACAGGAGUUUCUGAUAGAAGUAAAGAACUCUCUUACAUCUUCUAUACCAUCUGACUGGGUUAAGAUUGGAAGCACAAAAGCUGUCAGCCGCUUUCAUUCUCCUUUUAUUGUAGAAAAUUACAGACAUCUGAAUCAGCUCCGGGAGCAGCUAGUCCUUGACUGCAACACUGAAUGGCUAAAUUUUUUAGAUCAUUUCAGCGAACACUAUCACUCUUUGUGUAAAGCAGUUCAUCACUUAGCAACCAUCGACUGCAUUUUCUCACUGGCCAAGGUCGCUAAGCAAGGAGAUUAUUGCAGACCAGUUUUGCAAGAAGAGAGAAAAAUAGUGAUAAAAAAUGGUCGACAUCCGGUGAUUGAUAUGUUAUUGGGAGAGCAGGAUCAAUAUGUUCCCAAUAGCACAUAUUUGUCAGGGGACUCUGAAAGAGUAAUGAUAAUUACUGGACCAAACAUGGGUGGAAAGAGCUCCUACAUAAAACAAGUUGCAUUGAUUACCAUCAUGGCACAAAUUGGUUCCUAUGUUCCUGCAGAAGAAGCUACAAUUGGGAUUGUGGAUGGUAUUUUCACAAGGAUGGGAGCUGCAGAUAACAUCUACAAGGGACAGAGUACCUUUAUGGAAGAAUUGGCAGACACAGCAGAGAUCAUAAGAAAAGCCACGUCACAAUCCCUAGUGAUCUUGGAUGAACUGGGAAGAGGAACGAGCACCCAUGAUGGGAUUGCCAUUGCUUAUGCUACCUUGGAGCAUUUUAUUCGAGAUGUGCAGUCAUUGACCCUGUUUGUCACACAUUAUCCUCCUGUGUGUGAAUUAGAAAAAAUAUAUUCACGAUGGGUAGGGAACUACCACAUGGGAUUCCUUGUUAAUGAAGAAGAAAGUACACAGGAGCCAGGUCAGGAGGAUGAGGAAAUCCCUGACUUUGUUACUUUUCUUUAUCAAAUAACCAGAGGAGUUGCUUCAAGGAGCUAUGGACUAAAUGUAGCCAAACUAGCAGAUGUCCCUGGAGAAAUCUUAAAGAAAGCAGCUUACAAAUCAAAGGAACUUGAGAGAUUAGUCAAUGUGAAAAGAAAAAGACUGAAAUCUUUUGCAAAACUGUGGAAUGCAGCUGAUGCUACAGAAUUACAAGAAUGGACAAGCAUGGUUGAGAUUUGAAUGAACAUCAGCCUCUUUUUGCUGUCUGAAAUGGAGAAUAACAUCACUGAAAAGACAGUUCAUCCAGAACAGAGUAGCAGCCUGACCCGAUAGUUGUUCAGACUGUUUUAAGACAAGUGAAAGAAAGAAGCCACAAAAUUAUGUUCAAUGUGGUUCGGGGGCUCAAAUGCAGAUACGUUUUAUGCAGACAGUCUUCUCUCAGGUUCUCAGCUCCUGAUCUUUUAAAUAAAAAUAGAAGCCAUAAUUUUGCCUAUGAAAGAUAUUAGCUAUGCAACUAGACAACUGAUUGGCUCAGAAAUUUCUGCAGAAAAAAUGUCUAUAUACAUUAAUAAAUAGUAUCCGUGAUGUUCUUGUACUUUGUUAUUGGUAGGUAGAACUGUUCAUUCAUAUUUUUUGGUUUGCAUUCAAGAGAACUGCCCGAAGAGCUGAACAAUGACAGGCAGCAUCUAGACUGCCCUUUUAAAUCAGUUGCUUUGGAGACAUCCAUCACUUUUAUGACCUCGAAAAUAAAAAAGUGUAAUUGUGAGCCUAUUAGGGAAGGAAAAAUUAGAUACCGAGAAAAAAAUAACCCAGAAAGGAAAAGAUAAAUCGUAGUAUUAAAAAACUUAAUUAUGAACACAAGGUGAAAGUAAUUUUAAGAUAAUAAUUUAUUGGUUCUGUGUGGCAUGGCCCGGUGGCUGGAGAGCUAGCUUUGGAGUCAAGAGGUGCUCUGGACACACACUGGAUGUGGGACCUUGGGCAGAUCACAUCACCUCUGUGCUUCAGCGCCGGUAAGAGGAAGGAAGUUUGCUUUCUGUGCCUGGAAUCCCCUGUGCUGACAGUGAAAUCACAGUAGGUCUUUGCCUCCCCUCCCCAUCCCCAACCCACCCCCCCAAAACAAGCACAGAUCUAUUCAACACUUACUAGAGGGGAAGCCUGAAACCAAAGGGGAUUUUCUUCUAUAGAUGAUGAUACAUUUUUUAAUUUUAGGGCAUUUUCAGAUAAAAGAGGACUUACAUUUGUGUUUAAUGCACUCAGGACUGUUAUUAUUUUAACAGAGCCACCUAUUACAUACAUAGAUAUGUGUGAUUCAUUAAUUAUGUGACUUUUUUCCCCAUAGGCUACAUGGAAUGGAUUAUUCCUCAUUCUUACACGUUUUAGACUUCUUAAUUAUCCCUUGAGCAUUUUAGAUUUCAUAAAUAAAAGCCCUUCUUUGAAGAUCUUUAGCUUAUGCUUCACUAGAAACUGCAGGUCUUUUUUAUAUUUCUUUAACACUUAUACCUUACUUCCUAUCUCUGUUUUUAUUGUAAUAGAUAGUAUCAUGCCCUUGUCUUAAGGAAUUCCCUUCCAUUUUCUAUUGUGCUCGCCCAAUUUAGAUGAAUGUCUUUAUCCAUAUUCGUAAAAUAGACUGUGGGAACAUAGCAGUUCCUGGGCCUUCCCAAGUCAUGGGAUCACAGCAUAAGUGUUGGAAGGGACUUUUGAGGCCAUCUAGUUCAAUUUUUCUGUCUACUGACUGGAAAACUGAAGCCUGUAGAGAUGUGUUGUACUCAAAGUCACAAAGGUAGGCACUAAGUGUCAGUGCUGUUAUUUCAAUCCUGACCUUUCUGCUCCAGCUGGUGUGUUUAAUAUUAUUAAUAAUAAUUAUUAUUAAUUCAUUAUUAAUAACAUAUUUGAUUCUAUUACCUCUCCAGGUACCUUUGGGCAACAGCUAAAAUUUAGGGCAUCUGAACUCUUUGGAUUGUUAUUAUCUUUUGUGUUUUCUUUUGGUAACUAUUUCAGUAAAAUUAUAUUUUUUAAUAAUUUCAUUAUUUUAUUAUUUUUCUACAUUUCUAAUGAUCCAUAGGCUUUACUCUUGUCACCCUCAAAAGUGAAGAAUUCUUCUCUUACGAUGUGAUGGAAUCCUAACCACCUCCCAAAAAAAUCCUUCAAAAUUGGUUAAUGCUCAACAUGAUUCUUUUUUUGUUUGGUUUUUUUAAACCCUUACCUUCAGUCUUAGAAUUUACACUUUUAGUUCCAAAGCAGAAGAGCAGGAAGGGCUAGGCAAUUAGGGUUAGGUGACUUGCCCAGGGUCACACAGCUAGGAAGUGUUUGAGAUCAGAUUUAAACUCAGAACCUCCCAUCUCUAGGCUUGGCUCUAUCCACUGAAUUAUCUAGCUGUCCCCAGUGUAAUUCUUUAAAAAAAAACAAAAACAAAAAAAAGAACCCUAUGCCAUAUGAUACUUUAAGAGGGGCAAGUUGAUUUUUUUGUUCCUUGUUGAAAAUAUGUUCUGCCUCAAUAUUAGUUGACCAAUAAAACAACUAAAAUCACCUUUUAAAAAGAAUGUUUAUCUUUUAGUAUUAUUUUUAAACCCUUCCCUUCCAUCUUAGAAGUAAUUAAUAUUCUGUGUGUUGGCACCAAGGCAGCAGAGCAAUUAGGGCUAGGCAAUUGGGUUUAAGUGACUUGCUCAGGGUCAUGUAAUUAGGAAGUGUCUGAGAUUUGAACCCAGGACCUUCCAUCUCUAGGCCUGGCUCUCAGUCCAAUGAGCCACCGUGCUGUCCUUUAAUCUUUUAGAAAAAAAAAAGAUAAUAUCCUUUCUUCUGAUUUUUAUUUUCAUGUAGUAAUGACAGCUCCAUUCUUAAAUACCUUUGAACAUAGUCAUUGUCUGCCAAUUUGAAUAUAUUCUACUCUUUAAAAAUUCUAAAUUACUUUAUUUCUUAUUUUAGAUUAAUUCUUCUAUUUUUUCACCCUUCAUAUUGUCAUUCCCCUAUCUCAUCACUAAUUGACAAUCAUGCUGGUUAAUCAAAAUUUGAUAUUUUCAUAAACUAAUUUUAAAAAUCAGAAGUAUCCCCAUUUUACCAAAGAUGCUAAAUAUGCUCUGUGUUUAAACCCCUGGUCUGAAAAGACUUUUUAACAAAAAAAAAUGUAAUAAUAACAUCCUUCUGACACAUAGACCCCCACCCCCCUAUUUAAGCUUUUGGUGGUGGUUCUAAUAAGGAAAUGACAUGUUUUCCUUUUUUAUUUUAUCAUUUUUAAUAUAACAAGCAUAUUCUGUAUGUUCUUGAGUUGAAACUAGGUUAGAUUUGUUUUAGGCCAUUCCUUUUAAAGGAAUGAACUGCAUCAAUUUCUAAGAUUAGGGUGAGCAACUUCCUUGCCUUUUAUAUAAUUAUUAAAAAUUUUUUUAGUUUGUAGCAGUACCGAGGUUAUGUAGGUGAGUGAGAAAAGGAACGAGUGAAUUAUUACUAGCUCUGAUUUUUACCAUUAUUGUUAAGUUCAAUUCUUAGAAUGGCUGAAAAAACAAUGGUAUAGUAAUAUAUGAAAUACUAUUGUCUUAUAUAAUAAUGAGGCAAGGAUGAUUUCCUAGGAAUCUGGGAAGACUCGUAUGGACUGAUGCAGAAUCAGGUGAAAUAAUCAGAACCAGGAGAACAAUUUAUGCAGUAACAUUGUAAAGACAAUGUGAGCUGAAAAACCUAAGUACUCUCAUCCUUGCAGUGAUUCCAUGAUUCCAGAUGUCCAGUGAAAUAGAAUGCUUUCCAUUUCCUGACACAGAAGGAGAUAAGCAUUUUAUAUGGCAAAUGUGGGAGUUUUGCUUGACUACAAUAUAUGCCUUUUAAAAUUAUUCCAUUAGGAAGUGGAAGAGAGAGAAUAAAUGUAUGAAUUUUAAAAAUAAUUGUAAAAUUCUUACCUGGUUGAAGGAAACAUAUACUAUAUAUAAUCAACAUCAUCUUAGUGUACUUUCGUUUUCCAGAAAGUACUAGAAAUAUGAGGUGGUUUUUGGUGUAAAAAAAAUCUAAUGAAUUUUCAAAUAUUUUUAAAUGUCUUGAGAUUUCUUUUUAAGCUGUGAAAGACUUGUACCUAGAAAAGAUAAUUCUUACCUGUUAUUUGGUAGUCAAGCAGCAAAACACUACUGAUUGACUCAUUAUUUAUCUUUUACAAUCAAUCUCUAAUGAUUGUUUAUCAUUUUCCAUUUUUUUUCUGUAAGUGUAUAGAAAGUUGUACAAUUACAUGACCUCCUAGGCUAAAGUGUUAUGAAUAUCCUCAGUGCCUGGAACAGUACAUGGGCACUAAAUAAUUAGAUAUGUUUGCUCUCGUGAUUAUUAAAUUAAAGGAAUAAAUUAUUUUUCCUUUUUCUUUCAUGGA